UUGUCACGUGAUCUAUUGUAGGUACAUGUCCCUAUGCCAUUUAGUGUCCGCACCAGUUUCGCUGUGGCUGUAUCGCAGUUUGCUAUCGUAGAAUACUGUAAUUUUCGCCGAAAUGGAGAGCUUUAAGGCAGUUUUGGGACUAGUAACCUGUAUAGUUGCAGUUUCCCUAGUACAUGGGGCGAGUGUCUCAGUGAGUCGCAACAUUACCACCAAGCCGACACCUGAGCCCCCUUCUUCUGGACCUCGUGUUGACAUCACCCUUGAAUGCAUCGGGAGCUCAUCUGAUCUCAGCUACUACAUCAAAAACCAGGUGAACUGGGAUUUCAAAGACAGCAAUGGCGUUGUUCAUCCCAUCACACAAUCAUUUUACGCAGCUACUGGCGCUACUGCCUCGUACGCUGAUUCAAAUUUCAAGGCUGGUCGAUUCGAGUUCAAAUAUGAGACCAAUAAAAUGACUGGGUUCUAUCAGUUUAUCCUUCUUAUUAAGGGUGUGAAGUACAGCGACGAUGGAGAGUACACUUGUACCCUGAUAGCUGAGAACAAGACUGUGGCUGACAAGAAGACCCUCAAAGUCACUGUUGUCCAUCCUGUGGACUCGGUGAUGCUUACCUUGUAUGACUCCAUGAAUAAUAAUAAAUUGUAUACCUCCAACGCUCCAGUGACUGACUCUACAGAGGCAAUUCCUAUCAAACCAGGCAGCUUCAGGGUGGAGUGCCAAGCAAAAGGCAGCAACCCUGCACCUAAAGUUGACAUCAGGUUUGAUGGCGCCAGUAUUGCUAUGUCUGAUACUGGAGAUAAGUCAGUUGUCAGUGGUCGCCCGUCAUAUUCUAAGACACUUAGUGUGACACAAGAUGUAGCUGCAAAGGACAUGGAUCAGUUGUUCUCAUGUGAUGCAAACAUUGCAGGAAAUCAUUAUGUUACAAAGGUGGCUUCCAUUAAAGUUAGGGCCAUUAUCGACACGCCUGACUUCCUGUGCGACAACCUGACACGGUCUGUUGGGGACAACCACGUUGAGGUCAAGUGUAUCCUGCUUAGCGAGAGUGAGCUGGCCUGCGACAAGGUCACGUGGGAGAUUGCAGAAGAGAACUUUGUGAUGCACGUUGACGACAGGCACCAAGACCCAGAGAGGAAAUAUGGCAUCCUGGAGCUCACAUGCACACCUAUUAAUUCCACUUCGCUGUCCACAUCAUUGAUCGUACACCAGGCAGCCGACCCUCACUUUGCAACUGUGUUUUACGUGAUUUACGAUGGUGGCCCGAAGGAUUUCAAACACGCCGUUAUCAUCAACAAGCAGGAAACUUCUAGUGCCACCUUGCUAGCACCCCUUACCUUCCUAGCAACCAUCAUCAUGGCAGCAGUAUCCAAGCUGUUGUAACAUCAAUAUCAUCUAGACGCAUUCCAUAAACAAAUUAAUCUGUCAAAAUCCAGCAGUGAGAAAUGACUGACAAAUGUACGAAGAAAGGAAUAGCAAGAGUUGAUUGGUAGUUCUAGAAAAGAUUCUAGAAGACAAGACAAAAAAAAUCAUGUGUUGGUGUUUGUUUAAACUCAAAAGAAAUUGGUUUUACAUGUAAAGGAAUCAUUUUGAACUUCAAUGCCAUUAAGUAAUUGUAAAUGAAAUAAAUAUAUAAAUUACUUCUGAUGCUACUAGAAUCUGCCUUUAAAUGUUGCUGUAUUUAUAUAAAUACCAGUAAAUGCCAAUAUAAUUCAUGAUGAAAUGGAAGCAAGUCAUAAGUGGGGAAUUAUUUACAUCAUACAACUUAUGUUUUGUUAGUUUCAAUAUUAAUUUAUCUUUGUACAUUUAUCUUCAAUUUGUUAUUUAGAAUAUUGUAUCUUUCUAAUCAUUCCAGGACAGUGUAGUGCUGCAUAAUACUGGAUUAUUUUUGCAAGUUUCCUUUUUAUAUCGAAAUAAGAAGCUUCUCAAAUGUUUUAAGUGUUCUCUUGCACCCACUUAUACCCAUGUAUAACUCAUUUGGUUUGCUAUUUCUCAACAGGGAAUGUAAAUCAGACUUGAAACAUUGUAAUUAUUUGCAUGUUUUAAACCAAUUGUACUUACAUAUGUAGGUAUUUUUUUAAGUGUUAAAGUCAUGGCACAAACUGAUUAAUAUAAAUGUAUAUAUCGAGAUUAAAUUUGUAUUUUGGCAGCAAAUUUGGGUCAUUUAUAUGAUGAGUGCAUGUAAAUACAAUCGUUUUAAGAACUCUGGUAUAUACGAGUUCUCCUAGCAAUAAUUACGUAUUCAUUAAUUGACAAAUUUAACACUCUCCAUUAUAAGAAGUUAUCGAAUAAUUUUCUAAUUGUGUACAUUUACAUGUAUUUGGCUCAAGUUUAAAAACAUCUUCAUAGCAUUUGUAUAUUAUAAGGUAACAUUAUAUUAUGAUAAACAAUGUCUUACUUUUAAGUGUUUCUCAUAUUAAAAUAGAUUAUUAGGGACGAAAAUAAAAUAAGAAAGUGUAGACAAUGUUCUGCCAAAAAAGCUCUAGUGACACAAUUACACAUAUUAGGCGUAUUAUGGACAGUUUAUGAAAUGACUGAUGUUGCAAUUCUGGUGUCUGUACUCAAGUGUGACCAUAUCCAAUCAUGUCAUUUUCAUAGUUUAGUAUACAUGUACUUUUAUAGUAUUUUGUAUAAUUCCAAUUAUUUACAUUUUUUGAAAAUUGUAUGUUCUAUAACUUGUAUAGAUGUUUAAAUGUACAUGAUAUAUGUUUGUAUUCUUGAAAAUUGAAAUUUAUAUAAAUUUGUAUAUAGUUAUUUUCUCUUUAAAGUGUGUGUGUGAAUAACAGUGAGAUAGUGUUUAAUUGUAGAUGUUUAAUGUAUUUAGUUAAACAUAGAAAGUGUCAAUUUUGAAAAAAAACUGGUUAAUUGUUAGCCAUAUAAUGGGUUAUAUUAAUAUACUUUUUGUAACGUUGAACAAGAACAGUAAAUUGUGGUGCAUGUUUUUAUAUUUUAAAUUUUUAAUUUGUGGUGUUUGCUAAAGCUUUUUUACCCUUUCCCACUCAGAAGCAAAGUAAAAAUGGCUAUGUGCAAACAGCAUAAAACCAGAACAGACUGCGAGUAACUCGCAGUCUGUUCAGGUUUUAUGCUGUUUGCUGCUCAUCCGUAUGUAAGGGUUGGAAAUGAAGCCUUAAAAACUUGAAUCUAGUAAGAAAAGUCUUUAAUUAAAUUUAAUGUUCUAAGGGACUACAAAUGCGUCAAAAUACGUAUCUAAGUGGUAAAGGGUCAAUUAAACAAAGUGAACAAUAGAAGAAAGAGUGUUAUUUUAUUUACAUAGAAUGUUUCUUGUGUUCAAAAAGACAUGAGGGAAAAUGGGGAUGCAUACAAUUAGUGAUUGUUUAUGAAAUUACGGCUUUGUUUAUUGAUUCACUGCUGGGAAUCUUUAAUUGUUAUCUGACAAGUCAUCAAUGAUAAAAUUGUAAUGCUUUUUGAAUGACUGUUUACAAAAUAUGUGUUUCAUGCAUUUUACUUUUUUUAUAUCUAAAAGCAAUUCUGAUUAAAGAUGUAUACACUAUUUAAAUAAGUCUUUGCUUAAAACUAAUCAUGCUUAUUGUCCUGUAUAAUUUUAAAAACAUCAGAUCUGUGGUAUGAAAAUGAUGAUUUUACUUUGAAUUUGCUUCAAAAAUUGUUCCAAGCAAUUAUGUCAAGUUCUUAUUGAAAAGUUACUACAUGUUUUGUCCGCAUUGAAAAUGCAAGUUUGCGUAUAGAAAAUCCAGUUCAUGUUUAGUUUGCUCAAUGUGAUUUGCAACCUCCGUCUUCAUUUGUGGAAGUUAUGUGUUUACAUUCUUGAUUCAUAAUAAACUAGGAUCUGACAUAA